AUGUCAAAUCGUCAGAUCAAGAAGAGAAAGGGCAAAGUUGUCCGCGAGCGCACCGUCACCACGUUGACCGGUGCAGACGAACAAAGCACGCAGUCUUUUCAUAUACCGUCCUCUGACGAUCCGACACCUCCUGGCAACAUCAUGUCUUCUCCUUUCUCAGUCGCUUCUUCGUCUGGAGCCAACAACAGCAGCUCGAUGCCUCCAAUGCCCUUCCACAUACCGACUACCUUCACCACAUUUGGCUACAAUUCGUACAUGCACCCUAUGCCUCCCCACAUGCACUCUCCGUCCCAGUUUCGUCCUGAUCCUUCGCUUCCGCCCGGCCAGGCAGACUUGGAAGCGCUUGAGCGGUUGAAGGAAGCAAUAAAAAAUAAUGAGCACGAGAUAUACCGCGCCGUUCCUCAGCCUGCAGUUCUUGCCAGCCUCUAUAAAGGUCUCAUAGAUUCUGUUCAGUCUCAUGUACCUCCUCAUCCCGAGCAAGUGCCGCCUGGCUAUCAGGGUGUUUCCAGCUUGAAGCCGGGCUUCGAUGCUGCGCCCCAACAGCUCAGCAAGGGUUCUUCCAACGUCCCCCCUGGAUUGACGGCCUCCAACAGCUCUUCUGAUACUCGCCUCUCUGUGACAGUGGCCCGCUACGAUGGAUCCUCCAACGGACAUGCUACUAGUGACUCCAAAGCUUCGGCAACGUUAUCUGGUCCAGCCGGCUCUGAUGUGUCUCGUCCCAACGGUUUACGCCAGGAUCCUGAGCCUAACAAAUCCGAUCCACAAUCUUUGAGUCGACCUGUGGUGGCUGAAUCUACGUAUCCUCGAGGAAGCUCUAUUAGUAAUCUGCCUGGCAAAUCUCUACCUGAUGCUAAAGACGACCUGCGCGUACGGGACGCUGGAUGGCCAUCAAGAGGUGGUCCUCCUGGCUCGGAAGAUCGACAGCGCUCUGAUUCCGAUCGACCUGUGCCUCGCGAUAAUCGUGGACCCCCGCCCGAUAGAGCCAUGCCCCCACGGGAUCAACGCAUCUAUGAGCGUGAGCGAGACAUAGACCGUGAUCGGGAACGUGACCGGCUUAGGGAUCGCGACUGGGAUAGGGACAGAGAUCGCGACCGUCGUUAUGACUGGCGCCGUGAUGACCGCCGCCCAGUGGAUAGACGACCUCCUCCUGAGGAGCGACACUAUGAACCCAGACCCGGUGCUGAGCGUCGCUGGGAUCCCCCUGUCGACUCUGGGCGCGAUAAGCGUGCGGACAGGCCCGACGAAAGGAUCCCUGGAGGUGUUCGCCCUGCUAACUCGGCUGAUCGGUUCCCGGCUGAUGAGCGGCCUGUGCCUGCACGCACUGGUCCUCCUGUUGACAUGCAAUCUCAGCGAGCACCCCCUGAUCAUGAACCACGGACUGGCCCGCCUCCCUCAAGGGACGAUCGUUCUGUCAAGCCCCUUGGGGUUCCGUCAUUAGGUGAAAACGUCCGUGGUCCUCCUGUCGAAGAGCAUCCUCCACCACGGUCCGCUGUCCCUCUUGAGGAGCGUAUUAGCCGUCCACCUUCUCUCCAGGAUAGAAUCAGUGCAGCUCCAGCACCACCGCAACGUGCGGAUGAACGCCCUGCACGUCCUGUACCUACUCUUGAAGAACGAUUAUCCCACACAUCUGAUGACCGAGCUUCUCUUUCUAAUGUUCCUCGUGGUCGCAUCGGCGAUGAUAGGUCUCGUAUUGUAGAGCCGACACGCCCGGGACCUCCCGCUGAUCGUGACGAGCGACCUCGGAUGCCUACCAAUGCCCCGGUUGACCGUUUCCCGAAAAAUGCUACUGACGAUCGUGCAGCUCCCCCGGUCUCAUCUCGUGCGGCUACGUAUACUCGCGCUCCUUCUGUGACUCGCGAGGAGCCUCGCCCGCCACCACGAGCUGUAUCUCCGUUGCAUUCGUCUGCUCGUCUGCCUCCACCACAGCCCAAACACGACUAUCGUCCACGCGAGCCCUCGCGCGAAAGAGGUUCAGACUUCAGGCCUUAUUACCGAACAGAGUUUGACAGACCCUUGGAGGACGAUCGCCGUUCCGAAAACAUGGACCUUGAACCAGGCCGUUACGGUGACUCACGUGCGCCCUAUAGACGGUAUGACUGGGCUCCCGCGCUUUCAUCUCCUCCUCGUAACGAUAUAUACGGAAGCGAGGCUGAGAGACGACGGACCGAUUACAGCCGGGAAUGGUAUAAUGCGCGUCCUCCUGGCUGGGAAGAUGCGCGGGCGUACUGGGAGACUAAGACUCACCGACCGAGUGGAAGCGAAGACUGGGAGCGGGAAUAUAGCUCACGGUAUGGAGACCAUCGCGGCGAGCCUUGGGAUGAUCGCGACAGGAGAUACGGCGAAACAUCCGCAGAGCCCCAUGCGCGCGGCGGAUUCGAGCCUCGUCCACUGAGCACGCGUUUGGCCGACUCUUAUUCCCAAGAUGAGCGAGGUAGCUAUCCUCCACGUCCACCGUUUGAAGCAUCGCGUGUCCGUCCUCGAAGCCCAAGUCCCGUGCGUGACGACAGGGAUCGAGACGAACUAAGACCGCCAUUGAAGAGGUCAAGGGAGGAGGGGUACGGCGCACCAGCUCUCUACGAUGCUCCGCCUGGCCUUGGCUUGAGCCAAGAUCGGUCGAGGGGAUCACCGCCGCCUGUACCUCCCAGUUUCGGAGAAGUUGGAGGAUCGAGAUACUAUAACAAUCACGGGAUCGACGGGGAAAGGGGUUAUCGGGACGCAUACGGAAGUUACGACAGGGGACGAAGAUCUCCGCCUUCAGGUUCAAGAGCUGCGUACAAUGGUGGAGGUAUGGGCGCGAGGUCAGGGAGCAAUGAGAGGAGGUAUGGUAUGCCGCCUGGCGGUAGAUCCGUUUGAAGUGCUGAAUAUCCUUGGUUGAAAGACAUCUGAUUUAUAGUAGUAUCUUUUGGUAGGAAAAUAUCGUACUUGGUUUAUAUGUUGAUUGUUAACAGCCAACAAAUACACGAGCAUAUCUAUAC